GUCAUAUAGUGAAAAUAUACAAGGUAAGGCCAUAAGCAUGACUUCUCCCGUCAAGGGAUUUCAAAGGUAUAUAUUCCUCUGGUCUCUUAUUUACGGUACUUCGCAUCGUCGUGAAUGAAAGAUCUUCAAGAUGUCAUCCUCCCAGAUUUGCCUGACAACGAUAUGCGGUACAGCUUGGUGUCGAGCACAAUACGAGUAAGUGUUCGAUCUUGAGACUAUGUCUAGGUAGAGUCCAGUAAGUUGUUCGUCCCUAAGACAUUGACGAAGUCCACUGCGCUAUCUCAAAGUAUUACAGCAUUCUCUUCUCUGUCAUCCAGCUUAUUCAUGAUGAUGAGUAAUUAUGCCCGGAGUCGCCGCACGAAUGUUCGGAUUCGGAGGACCAUCGCCUACGAUAUUCUCCGUCGUUGAAUCCGAGCAUCCUCUUUGUUUGUCCCCCAUGCAGGACGAAUCUCCGACGUAUUCUGCGUGUAUCGCUCCCGUGUACGGAGCAGUAGCAAUCAAAAAGGACUGGAGUGAUUGCGGCCCACCACCGUACGCACCUCACUCGCGCCUUCGGACGGCUUUUCGGCGUCAUUCACGAUUUUGAGAGAUGACAUCUCCCUUGAAGUUCAGGCGAGGCACUAAGAGUUGCUACGAAUGUCGCCGCCGAAAAAUCAAAUGUGUCUUUACUGAAAACCAUCGGAAGUGUAAAGAAUGCCACUCUCGGGGUGCUACUUGUGUCGAGCAAGACAAGGCCUCAGUUCCUUCCACCAGAGCGGAAAAGAGUACUAUUGUUCAAGCGAACUCUUCAACAUACAGCCUACGGGAAAGAGUUGCCCGGGUUGAAGACUUUAUCGAAACCUUUCUCAGGAAGCAGAAUUCCGAAGUGUCCUAUGAGAAUUCCAGUGACGUCGGUAAUCAGAGGACAUCAACCGCUGAAGCCACUGUUCCUGGUACUUUAAUUGGAGAACAGACAGGAUCGGCGACCACAAAAGGGGCAGAAGAUAGUGCAGUCCUCAGCCUUUUCAACAACAGCGUCAUCGCCCAGGUGGAUCAACAACAAAGUUCUGUUCAAACUGAGGCUUCUUCCCUGACUCGAACAUGUUCAACAUUCGAUCCUACGAGAUAUGAACUGUUGAACCUCCUCCCACAUGAACCAGACCUUAACACUCUUAUCAACCUAAGUCAGGAUUGGUGGCUUUGUGCGCCUCAUAGAUUUCCCGAGUUUUUCGACGAUCCUGUUCCUGCAAAUAUCAGGAGUGAACUGUCUCGCAAGCUGUCUCUCCCAGAUCCUACCGAGACAGUCAAGGUGUUGCUUUGGACAACAAUUAGUGCAGAGCGGCUCUCGCAAGAUACCUUUCGUAACGACACCUUCGUGGUUCCUACAGCCAUUGCUGCUUUGAGUAAUCAAACGCUGCCUGCGAUCGAACGGAUCGUGCUGCAAAACGAUGAAGUUGCUAGGACGUUGCCUGGACUCGAAUGCCUACUCCUCCUCUCGAGAUACUAUUGCAACGUGGGCAAAUUACGCAAGUCCUGGCAUAUAUGCCGAAGAGCGCUUGAAUAUGCCAUCAGCGAAGGUCUCCAUCGUGGAUCUAAGUUGACCAAGGCCACUAAUUCAACGUCCCAAGGCCCCGACCUCCGUCACGUCCGCAUAUGGCAAAGAAUCUGUUUCAAGGAUCGAUAUAUCAGCAUGAUACUAGGACUUCCCUAUGGCAUUCCCAGCUCAUAUCUGUGGAAACCAGAUUUGCACGCGUUGACCAAUGACGAGAGGCAUGGUGCUCAAUUUUAUUCAUUCAUGGCUUCGAUGAUCAGUCUGGUUGUUGACCGCAACCAACAUUCUCCCUCAGAAGACGGAUUUCUGACGACGCUCAAGAUCGACCAAGAGCUGGAAUCACAUAUCAAGGAUAUCGACACUCAAUGGUGGGACUCUAGCCUAGAGAGUCUGAUACUCUACACUCGCGAAGUCAAUCUUGAACGCUUCGAAGCUCAGACACUCAAACACUUUAUGCGUGCUCUGUUGCAUCUGCCGUUCAUGCUCAAAUCAACAGGCCCGGGACUUUACCAGUACUCGUACGAUACGACAGUCGGGUCAUCAUUGCGGGCGCUUGCGGCGUACAAGGUCCUGCGUGUCGAUCUCGCACUGGACCCGUACCUCUGCACCACGUUUGACUUUCAAGCGUUCAUCAUGUCGGUGUUGUUGACGCUACAUCUGAUUACGCAGAACCAGGAGGAAGGCUCCAAUCCACCCUCCGAGGAUGACGCGGCGUGGGAGGCAGUCCGCAAGACCACCGAGAUUCUGCAACAAGCUUCUCAGGACCUUCGUGACAUCAACACCGUCUCUAAACAAGCCGUUCCGGUUUUGCAAAUGCUCAUGCGGGCAUCGAGACCGGACGACAGCAGCGGCCCGUGCCCAUACGGGUUCGACACCGGGAUGAGUUGCAAAGUCACCAUCCCUUGCUUCGGAGAGAUCAAGAUCGCCCCUGGCAAAAGGGGCCCACGCUGUCUCGGAGACUGCACGGGGACUCGGACCAGUACGGUCGGCUUCAACGGUUCGCCUGUCAACAUGGCACCUCCAGCUACGUCGAGGGUCGCUGAUGUGUCUCCGACGGCUGUGCCCACAACUACAGGACCACCAGCUGGCCCAGCUACCCCGGGAGACUUUGAUACCAUGACCAUGUCACUGGACCAAGUGGUGGCUUUUCCGAAUGUGGCGUGGGGAAACGGCGUCGUCGACUAUACCAGCACCGACACUGAUCCUCCGCAGGGCGAUAUGAUGUCGGACGCUUGGAUGUGGGCCGGCAAUGGACUCGGCGUGGGUUCGGACCUUCAGCAGGAAUGGGGUCUAGAUUUCUUUGGACCGUAGUGCCGUAUUUGCAUCACCUCGAAAUACUCGCACAUGUGGGAAAAGAGAAGAAGAUCAGGAUGAUGUGAGCGAGAUUUAAUCGGAAGAAAGCAAUUGCAAUUUUGGGAGCUAUCAAGGAAGCACAAAAACACAGAAAAACUUCAUUCAGAUUUCCUUUGCGAAAAGCAGCACCCAAUACCAUCCCACAUACCAGCACAUAAUCAAACUUGCAAGA